AUGUCAAAUGUAAAUCUAGAAGCGACAGUGUUAACAAGCGAUAAAGUGUCGGAUCAUUCAACGAUUAGAAUCGAAGUGGAAGGGUUGUUGGACAGAAAUAGAGAGUAUAAGACAGUACGAAGGAUAGUGGGCUAUUCGCCGGAGGUAUUUCUAGAUAAAUUGAAGGAGGUAAAUAUGAGUGAAUUGUUAAAUAACGAUAUGAGUUUAAAUGAAAAGUCGAAGGUAUUAAGUGAAACCAUUAUCGGAGCAAUUGAUCAUUUUGCGAAAGAAGUGAGAGUGACGACGAGGACGGAAAAUAAAUGGUACGAUGAAGAACUAAACCAAAUGAGGAUAAAAAAAGAUCAUGCGUAUGCUUUAGCUGUAUUGGAUUCAUCACAUCGCAAUUGGGUUAAAUAUCGAACGGCGAGAAACCAAUACCUGACUUCGAUAAGAGAGAAAAAAAGAAUCUACAUGGAAAGGAAAUUGACAAAGGCAAGUGGAGAUGCAAAGCAAACUUGGAAAAUUCUGAAAACUUUGCUGAGUGGAAAGCGGAAAGGUGAAAUUAGCGAAGUGGAGAUAUUGGGAACAACGGUCACAGACAAAGUGGAAUUAGCCAACGGGUUGAAUAAAUUCUACGUGAAUAGUGUACUGGAAAUUAACCGAUCAAUAGGCCCAAGUGAAUUGUUGGAUGAGCCUAUGAUACAACGUCAAUCCACGUUCGAUUUUAUGCAUGUGGAUGCAGACUACCUGAAACAGUGCUUGAUGGAGAUGAAGAACAAGAGUGAUACGAAAAUGGUCAGUCCGAAGAUGCUGCUGGAUGCGUGGCCGAUAAUUGGAGAGACCGUGAAGGAUAUAGCUAAUCAGUCUUUGGAUGAAUCAAUGCCGGAUGAUUGGAAAAUCACAACUGUAGUGCCUGUCCCGAAAACCGUCAGACCAAAACGAGCUGAAGAAUUCCGUCCAGUGAACAUGUUGCCUACACUAGAAAAAUUGGUCGAAACUGUAGUUAAGAAUCAGCUGGUCGAAUACAUCAUAGAAAAUGACCUGUUAUCUUGGUACCAGUCAGGCUAUAGAAUGCAUCACUCUUGCGAGACUGCGCUUAACCUCGUAUUGGCGAAGUGGAAAGAAAUUGGUGAAAAAGGCGAAACAAUUCUGGCGGUAUUCCUUGAUUUGAAAAGAGCGUUCGAGACAAUCGACCGGAAAAGGUUACUGGAGAAGUUGAGAAAACUGGUUGCUCUGAAAGUGUGA